AUGCCUCGAACCACCAUUUCAUUGCAGCUCAACAUGAAAUCAACCCCAUUCAAAAACCAGAGAAUAUGGUACCCACUUCGUCUUGACGACUUCCACCUCCCACAGGCUGAUCUUGAUCGUCAAUCUGUCCUCGAUCUUAUUCGAAGUGUCUACGAUCCUUUGCUGACCACUUGGCUUGCUGAGCCAGGUCAUACCUGGCAAAACAUGUUCCAGAAAAAGCUAUCCAGUAACGUGUUUGAACAACAGUGUAUCGCUAGGAAGGGAGAGCUGCCAGGAGGUGUUCAAUCUAUAGAGACUGACACUGUCCUUGGUCAAAUCUUACUCGAUCUUCUUAAGUAUCACCGAUUCACUGAUCCCGCUUGGAGGGUACCUAGUGCUGCUGUGCCUCCCGCUGUGCCUGCCGCUAAUUUUCCUACUCCUCUAGAUAUACUUGCCGCAGCUGCAAGCGCAGCCCAGCCCCCUUUGGCUACUUCUGCCCUUGAUAUGCUUGCCGCAGCUGCAAACGCAGCCCAGCCCCCUUUAGCUACUCCUGCCCUUGAUAUACUUGCCGCAGUUGCAAGCGAAGCCCAGCCCAUUUUGGCUACUCCUGCCCUUGAUAUACUUGCCGCAGCUGCAGGCACAGUGCCGCAUCUUCCUGUGCCCGGUCCUGCUGCUGUCCCCGCCCCAGUUCCUUCUCCCAUCACCCCGGCCUAUUCUGCUAUCAGCAAUGAUAAUACUCCUCCCCCCCCGAGUGCUUCUGACAUCACCCAGGCUGCUACUCCUAAUCCCCCGACUGCUUCUGAUAUCAGCCAGGCUGCUACUCCUAUCGCCCCAGCUGCUUCUCCCAUCCCCCCAGUUGCUUCUCCUGCCCCUGGAACCAAGCGAGGCAUAGACGAUGAGACUGAGCAACCUCCUAAGAAGAAGCAAGCGGUGAAUCCGACGUAA